AUGGCCUAUCUCAUUUUGCUCCUCAUCCUCCUCGUAGCCCUCAUCCUCCUGCGUCCUCGGAAUCUCCCGCCAGGACCAAAAGGGAUCCCUUUGCUCGGCAAUCUGUUUGAUCUUCCCCCGCCAGGCGAGCAGGAAUGGCAACACUGGCUCAAACAUAAAGAUUUAUACGGCCCCCUCAGCUCCGUCACAGUGCUGGGAAAGACGCUGAUCAUCAUCAACGACCGCGCGCUGGCCUUUCAAAUCCUGGAAAAGAACUCGGCCACCACCUCGUCGCGACCGCGGUUCACCUUUGCGAAUGAACUGUGUGGCUGGGAUAGGGUCAUCUUGAACAUCGACUACUCGCCGCUCCUGCGCACAUACCGGCGUGCCAUCACGCGUGGGAUUGGCACCCGAGAGUCCGCCGCCAGAUUCCAUUCCCUCCUGCAAUCCGAGACUCGUCAGUUUCUCGUGCGUGUCUUGAAUUCCCCGGAGAAAUUCAUCGAACAUAACCGGACUGCCGCCGGAGCAGUGGUCCUGAAGAUUGUAUAUGGAUAUCACAGUGAACAGGAAGGUGACCCAUUAGUCCAUCUGGCCAGACAAACCAUCAGCGAAUUCUCCGACGCGGUCGCCCCGAAAUGGCUUGUCGAUAUUCUUCCAGCCUUGAAAUAUAUCCCCCCCUGGAUGCCAGGAGGGAGCUUCCACCGCGUGGCCCGGCGGUACCGCGACGCCGUGACCCGGCUGGCGACGCUCCCCUUCACCUUCACCAAGUCGCAGAUGAGCCAGGGCCAGGAGCGCAUCUCGUUCGUGUCGACGCUGCUGCGACAGGGCGAGGAGGAAGAGGUGGUGAAAUGGUCUGCGGAGGGGAUAUACGGCGGGGGAUCGGACACAACGGUGAGCGUGCUGGAAGCCUUCUUCCUGGCCAUGAUGCUGUUCCCCGACGUGCAACGCAAAGCGCAGGCCGAGAUCGACAAAGCAUUCAACCAUGAACCGACGCUCCCCAGUGUCUCGGACCGGGCAAGACUGCCCUACCUGCACGCGCUCAUCAAGGAGACUCUCCGCUGGCACAGCAUCGUCCCGCUGGGGAUCCCCCACCGCGCCGAGACCGCACACGUUGUCAACUCCCAUCUCAUCCCCGCGGACGCCAUCCUGAUCGCGAACGUGUGGGCGUUCAACAACGACCCCGCGGUGUAUCCCCGCCCGCGGCAGUUCGUCCCGGAGCGGUUCCUGCCGGGCGGCAACCCCGCACCCGACCCCGCAGACGUGAUCUUCGGCUUCGGUCGGCGAGUGUGUCCUGGCCGACUCAUUGCGGAGACGUCCAUCUUUCUCAUGGUCGCGCACACCCUCGCCGUGUUUGACAUCAAGCCUGCCCCGGGCGCAGACUCGUUCUCCCCGCACUUCACCCCGGGGGCCAUCUCGCACCCGCAAGUCUAUCCGGCCGUGUUUACUCCCCGCAGCCAGCGACAUGCCCGUCUCAUCCGGCGCUUUGAGGCGGACAAUCCGGUCGAGGGGGGGGAUUCUCAUCUCUUAUAAUACUCUCCAUGUCUAUUAUG